UCCUCUUCUACCGUACCUUCCUCAGCAUUGACCGAGAAGUCGUACAUGAAGCCUACAAGAGCCUCUCGUUUCCGGCAGGCCGCGGGGGGCCCGGGCAACGGUUCCGAUAAUAGUGCCCGCCACGCCGGGAUUACUACGAAGCGAACACCUAGCUGCAGUGUAUCCCCAGCCGCCAGAGGAAAGCAACAGAGACGACAGGCCGAGCUGGACCAAGACACCUACAAAGGUGAAAGCGAAGUUAGCGCGUCGGUGCCUCGCUACAUGAAGCCCACCGCCGCCAGCCAUCUGAAAAGGUGUGGUCCUCAGCCACCACCUCGUGAGACUCCUCAGAAUCGCAAGCAGCAGCAGCAGCGCCAGAAGCAGUCGCUUUUCAGAGGCCGCACGUCGCCCUCUGCGCUCGACCACCCUCUCUGGCAGAAACUGCAAAAGCGGACGAAACAGCCGGUGGUGGCCCGCGGCGGCCAAGAUUCCGCUGCCGCAUCGGCAUCCCCAUCAUUACUUGCGUCAUCGAUAGGUAGCCGUGACACGGUACUCGCUGGUUCGACCGUCGCCGAGAACUCCCCGGCAUCUUCAACAACUUGACAUGCGCAUGCGAUGCUCAAUUCGGAGGCAUGGCGACGCCCUUUGUAGUCUUGCGUAAGACUUGAUUUCUUGCCUUCGAGACAGAUUCCCGACUUCCUGGGACUGAUCGCUGUCACAAGCACACGACUUCGUGGCAAGUUCGGUCACUGCUUGCAUAGCGGAACAGUUUUGCUGGACGGUGGCCUCGAGGAAAGAAACGAGGAACAACUAGAAUGAUGUAUCGCACAAUUAUACGCAGCCACAUUAGAGACUACAAUCAAGAGUAUUCAUAGACUAUUACAGGAC